GCCGAGCCGAGCCGAGCCGCGGUAUAAUUAAAAUAAAUCUCCAUUCCAUAGACGCCAUAAACGCAAAUAUAGUGGCGAAGGACGACACGAGAGCUCUAGCUCGACCUCUAAAAGCGGACGCGCACUCCUCAGUCCUCACCGUUCCAUUCUUCUGGCUCCUCACCGGCGACGGUAUUAUCCUCUGACUCCUUAAUUUGAAGCUCCGAUAUCGAAACGUUAAUCCAGGACUGUACGUGCGCGAAUACUUGUUGUCAAACUCGGUUGUUGUUGAGCUCUGGGGUAGAUUUCUGGUUGCUGGAUAGUUGGGGAUGGAGCUGCUCCAUUUUCAAGUUAUUGUUCGUUUGUGAUGUUCGGUUGUUAACGCUGAUAGGAGAAGCUGAGGUGGUUCUUGAUAACUGAUAUUUAGGUUACUUUUGCACUUACAAAGCAGCCUCAGACAUGGAAACGAAGCCAGCUUCGUCUAUACAAACAUCAAGUGGCAGACAGUUGAAUAGCUGUGGCACAUCUGGACCUCCAUCUUGUUCCUUACCAGUUCUCCCCAACCCUCGAGAAGGAAAACGCCUCAGAGUUUCAGAUUCCCAGCAUGUUUUAGUUGAGGGUGGCUUCUCACAACAUUCUCCAGCUGUUGCUCCAUCAUUGUCAUCCAACAAUGGAGUUGUCGCAGAUGUAUAUUCUUCAUCUACAGGAUUUUCUGAUGGCCAUUUCCCUUCUGUCUUGCAACAUGGAAGGCCUCCUCAACAAGCCCCUUUACCUUCUCAAUCACCACUGAAUGCAUCUUCUCUUUUAGUACCUCAUUCUGUUGACUCCAGAGUUCUCCAGCCGACUGUAUCGAGUCACUAUAACAUUGAUGAUAAUGACUCAUGGUGCACAGAUGUUUUGUCUGAUUUUCUUGAUUUCCCAGCAACUAAUUCGAUUCAUAAUAGUCAGCUUCGUGGCAAUAGCUGUUCUGGUGUAGUUGGCCCUUCUGAAGAUCUCAAUAAACCUAAUGACUGGCACGACUGGGCUGAUCAGCUUAUUAAUGACAACAAUGGUUUAACUUCUGGUUGGCAUGAAAUUCUUGCCAAUGCAAAUGCUGCUGAUCCAGAGCUCAAGACGAAUAGUGUCGCAACGCAGCCUCAUCUAUUCCAACAACCACCAGCUACUCCUGAAGAAACUUGCAAUGUUGCUAUUCAAUCAUCCUCUUCAAAUUCUGCUCCAGCAAAGCAGCGGAUGCGUUGGACUCCCGAACUGCACGAGGCCUUUGUGGAUGCAGUCAACAAACUUGGUGGAAGUGAAAGAGCUACUCCCAAAGGUGUCCUGAAGCUAAUGAAAGUUGAUAGCUUGACAAUAUAUCACGUGAAGAGCCACCUACAGAAAUAUCGGACUGCUAGAUUUAAACCCGAGAGCCCAGAAGAAGCUUCAGAAAGAAAAGCUGCCUCCAUUGAAGAACUUCCAUCCCUGGAUUUGAAGACGAGCAUUGAGAUCACUGAAGCUCUACGGAUGCAAAUGGAAGUCCAAAAGAAGCUCCAUGAACAACUUGAAAUCCAAAGAAACCUACAGCUUCGGAUAGAAGAACAAGGUCGACACCUCCAGAUGAUGUUCGAGCAGCAAUGCAAGUCAGGCAAAGACAUUCUGAAGGAGAACUCAGUGCCAAAUUCAUCAGCCAUAGACAAUCCAGCAACAGAAACACCCACCAAGAAGCACGAAUCCAAAGUUUGCGAAACGUCUAUAGCAGAGUCUCCAUCAUCAUCGUCGUCAAAGCAGACGAAAGUGAACUAAUAGGCACACUGUUCACCAGCAGCAGAAAAACUGUAUCGGUAAAUUAAAUUUAGAAAGGUAGCGAGCGCGGUAGACAACAAGCUUAUAGUUAGAUGAAAGCUCCUGUUGUAUGGGAUUGAUUAUUAUGUAUCAUUUUCUGAAGCUUCUUUAUACUAUGAAGUUUCAAUAGCCAUAAAUUAUAAUGAAGGGAUUCUGGUUCUGUAUAAACUAACAGUACA